AUGUCCUAUCUCGCCACCUCACCCGAAUGGCUCGCCAAAGCGAACGACGAAGUCCGCAGCAAUGCGGCGAGGUACGCUAAGAACCCGAACGCACCCUUGCUCCAGCAGCUCGACGACGUACCUAUAGAGGCAUGGGAGGCCGAUUUCCCAGUCAUCGACAUGUGUCUGCGAGACUCCCUACGUCUGAACCUACUCGGUACGGCUUUCAGGCGGAACAUCAGCGGCAAGAACAUACCCACGGGUAACGGCGACGAAGUCAUACCACCCGGCGCGUUCGUCACAUACGCCACGGGCGACAUACACUACGAUCCAGAGAUCUAUCCCGACCCACAGAAGUGGGAUCCAGCUCGAUACAUGCCAGAUCGUGCGGAGGACAAGAAGAAGGCAGCACAUGGCUUCAUUGGCUGGGGGUCAGGACGGCAUCCGUGUUUGGGCAUGCGCUUUGCGAAACUCGAGCAGAACAUCAUCACGGCGUACUUUAUUGCUACUUUUGACUUUAAACUUGAAGACGACAGUGGCAAUGUGCUUACUGUCGCUCCUUUGGUAGACCGCAAUGGGUAUUCCGCGCAUAAGCCCAAGGAGCUGCAGUUCCUCAGGGUUACAACAAAGGAGAUAUAG